ACGAUGAAAUUAUGAGGUAUAUGACAUUUUAAUUUAUCUGUUCUGAGCUAGUGUAGAUCAACGGUUAUUUGGAUGGAAUCUCAUGGACCAAACGUGGAUCGAACGGUCAUAAUAACUCCAGAAAUUGUCUAGAAAAACCCUUUCCUAGGGUUUCGGAAUCUGCGGGUUCUAAUUGGUAGGACGAGAACUACGAUCGUUAAGAAAGCCAUUCGUUAGACAAUCUCAAUCUGUCACUCACCGUGUCUGAAUACAUUCUGAGGAUCAACAGGUGAUUUUAGUGAUGGGGAAGGGUCCUGGACUGUUUUCAGACAUUGGCAAGCAGACCAGAGAUAUCCUUAACAAGGAUUACAACUUUGAUCACAAGUUCAGUAUCACCACCAAUACAGCGAGUGGAUUGGCAUUUACAUCUACUGGCACCCAGAAAGGGGCGCGUUUUCUUGGAGAUGUGAAAACAGAGCUGAAAAGUGAUAAUAUUACAUUUGAACUUAAAGUCGAUCCAAACUCCAAGAUAUUUUCAACAGUGACAGUUGAUGAACCAGCUCCAGGUGUGAAGGCUAUUCUCAGCUUCAGUAUUCCUGAUCAGAAAUCUGGCAAGGUUGAGCUGCAAUAUCUGCAUCCUAAUGCAGGGAUUAAUACAAGCAUUGGGUUGACAGCAACUCCUAUAGCGAACUUCUCAGGAGUCAUUGGAAAUGGGAACUUCGCUGUGGGAGGCGAGAUUGCCUUCGACACUGCAUCACGAAACCUCACUAAAUAUGAUGCAGGCUUGAGUUUUUUGAAGCCCGAUUUUGUCACUUCUUUUACCUUAACUGACAAGUGUGAUACCUUGAAGGCAUCUUACAUGCACAGUGUGAGUCCCCUAACAAAGACUGCUAUUGGAGCAGAGAUAUCACAUAGUUUUUCAAAGAAUGAGAAUUCAUUUACCAUAGGAAUGCAGCAUGCUUUGGACCCACUGACAACUGUGAAGACACGCCUUAAUAACUAUGGAAAGGCAGCUGGACUUAUUCAGCAUGAGUGGUUUCCAAAAUCUUUUAUAACAUUUUCUGGAGAGGUUGACACCAAAGCCCUUGAUAGCAGUGCAAAGAUGGGUUGUUCUGUUGUCUUCAAACCUUGAAGGAAACUGUCAUGGAUAGUUAAUGUUAGAUAAGACUUGAGCAGUCGGCUGUGUCAAAUUUUGAUUGAAUUUUUUUCCCUCUGCAAAUAAAGUUGAGGAAGAUGCUUUUGAAAAUGGAUUUUGUCAAAUAUGCCGGGUUGGAAUACAAAUCUGGUAUAAAAUGAAUCAGGAUGUUUUAGAUUGUCGGCAAUUGAUCCUACAGUAUAAUAGUUAGGCUGUUAACCAAGUCCUUAUUGCUGGACAGAGGACAAUUUUUUUGUUUUGUUUUAUAUUCAGACCUUUUCUAUUGCUUCAGUAUAUUUAUGAAUCUUUGCCUUUCUGAUA